AGCUUAUAAGCACGGCCAGAAAUAUCACCUGAGAUCUCGCGACUUCGGUGUUGGACGCCAUGAGCCCCGCGGGAGCUUAUCUCCUGCCUCUCUCCUGUCCUCUACCCUCGGAUCUACUGCCGCGUCCGAAGAGCACACGCCCCAGGCCCCCGAUCCGGAACGGGGAGGCCUCCCGGGGAAGAGGCACGCACCGCUUGGGCUGGGGCGGCCUCUGGCGUUCCGGUACCCCGUGCCGCCUGCGGUGGACUGCCGCGGGAGCCCGAGCCGGCGGCGGAGGCGCUGACCUGAAGCCGGAGGCGUUCGACGUGCCGGACUCGGUCCCGGACUCGAUCGGGUUCCCCAAGGUCGUCCGGAGAGAGUUGGUUUCUCCGGCUCUGCGGCCGAGGGAGGAGGAGGAGGAGGAAGGGGACGGAUGGUUGGGCGCUGUGGGAGCAGGAUUGGAGACGUUCCCCAAGAGAUGGGUGAUCGUGAUCCUCUGCUUCUCGGCGUUCUUGCUCUGCAACAUGGACCGCGUUAAUAUGAGCAUUGCGAUUCUCCCUAUGUCAGCAGAAUUCAACUGGAAUCCUGCAACUGUAGGAUUGAUCCAAUCAUCCUUUUUCUGGGGCUACCUACUCACCCAGAUCGCAGGAGGUAUAUGGGCAGACAUGGUUGGUGGUAAACUUGUCUUGGGGUUUGGGGUUGUUUGGUGGUCUAUUGCCACGGCUCUUACGCCUAUUGCAGCAAAGGCUGGAUUGCCUUUCCUUCUCGUUGUACGUGCUUUCAUGGGAAUUGGUGAGGGGGUUGCCAUGCCUGCUAUGAAUAAUAUUCUUUCAAGGUGGAUUCCAGUAGCAGAGAGGAGCAGAUCAUUAGCACUGGUAUAUAGUGGGAUGUACCUUGGAUCAGUAACUGGAUUGGCCUUUUCACCUUUGUUGAUACAUAAGUUUGGUUGGCCUUCUGUCUUCUAUUCCUUCGGUUCUCUUGGAAGUGUUUGGCUUACAGUAUGGCUAAGUAAGGCAUACAGUUCUCCUUUUGAAGAUCCUGAAAUUAGCCCUGAUGAAAAGAAGCUUAUUGUCAGUGAUAAUGUACUAAAGGAACCUGUAAAGACAAUACCAUGGAGAUUGAUCUUAUCAAAACCACCAGUUUGGGCUCUUAUAACUUCCCACUUCUGCCACAACUGGGGAACAUUUAUUCUUCUUACUUGGAUGCCAACGUACUACAAUCAGGUUUUGAAGUUCAACCUCACAGAUUCUGGUCUGUUUUGCAUUCUUCCCUGGCUUACAAUGGCAGUUUCUGCAAAUGUUGGUGGAUGGAUUGCAGAUACACUUGUCAGUAAAGGAAUGUCAGUGACAAUCGUUCGCAAAAUCAUGCAAUCAAUUGGAUUCCUUGGUCCAGCUUUCUUCUUGACUCAGUUAAGUCAUGUCCACUCUCCUGCAAUGGCAAUAUUAUGCAUGGCUUGCAGUCAGGGAACCGAUGCAUUUUCACAAUCUGGCCUGUACUCUAACCACCAAGAUAUUGGUCCUCGCUAUGCUGGUGUGCUUCUUGGUCUUUCAAACACAGCCGGGGUUUUAGCUGGUGUCUUUGGGACGGCAGCUACAGGCUACAUUCUGCAACAUGGUUCGUGGGAUGAUGUGUUUAAAGUUUCAGUAACACUCUACAUUGCCGGAACUGUGGUCUGGAACCUCUUUUCGACCGGGGAGAAGAUUCUUGAUUGAGCUUUAGUGUUCUGCAUAUCCUGAGACAAAUCCAAAGAGACCUUGAGUUGAAGAUUCAAAAUCUGAUUCUUUUCUUACUGAGCAUUCGUGGAAAGCAAAGCAGCACAAGAAAAGGCAUUUGCUCUCGCUAACAUACAAUCUUCAUCAACAGCUUCCUCGCAUUGGGGUAACUACUGAAACCAAUGGUUUCCUUAGGCUAAGAUCUCUCUCCGUAUGCAUGUCAAAUAGAUGCCAGUUUUGUCAUGUAUAUUUGCCAUGUACAUGUUUAUUCAAUGGUUUAGUACAGAGAAAAGAAUGCAUCAUCUUUCUCCA